AUGGUUACGUUCGGGGUCCGGCCGGUUGGGAAGCUUUCCCCUAGUGAGCGGGAUGGAGAGCCGGGGUAUCUCGCCUCGUGUAGUGCGUUGCUGCUUGAAUUUCAGAGAGGCUUCGCUGAGACUCGCGGGCGUGAGAGGAACCGGGCAAGAAGUCGCCCAGUCGCAACAUGUCUGAGAUGUUGCCGGGGGAUUCGAGUGGAUGCUUUGCGUGCCUGGCUUGCAGCACGACGGGUGUGA